GGCCCAACAACUUUGCUAAGCCUCAGGGAAGCACUUGACUCGGCAAACUCGCCAGACUCCCGAGAGCCCGCGAGAGAGACGAAGAAGCCCGAAAGGGAGGAACUCAACACGGGAAGGGGAGCCAGCCAGAGCCAGUGAACCGCCCCCAACCACCGACGGCGCCAUGAGGGGCACGGAGAUGUUGACCGCGGCGCACGGGGCCGGCGCCGGGACCGGGACGCCGCCGUCCACGCCCUCGGCGGCCGACCUCGCCCCCGUCGCGGGCGGCGGCGGCGGCGGGAACUUCCCCCUCGGCGCCGCGCUCCUCGCCUUCGCCUUCGCCAACUUCGUCAACCUCCUCUCCAUCUGGUUAAAGGAGAAGAAAUGGGAUGCAAGAAAGUUUCUUACCUCUUCUGGAGUUAUUUCAUCUCUUUCUGCAACAGUGGGGAGUUUGGCUGUGGCGGUUGGCCAUCAAGAAGGCGGAGAUAGCUCCGUGUUUGCCCUUGCAUUGGUUUUUGCUGCCGUUGUAAUGUAUGAUGCAUCGGGAGUCAGAUGGCACACAGGUCGCCAAGCUGCCUUGUUAAAUCUAAUAGUUUCUGAUUUAUCACCGGACCAUCCAAUUAUCUCUACCUUUAGGCCGCUUCGGGAACCUCUCGGACACAGUCCAUUUCAGGUUUUUGCUGGAGCGCUCGUUGGCUGCAUUGUAGCAUUUGCCAUGGGGAAAUCUGUAUGAGAAAUAGUUGGCAUUUGCCUCUUAUAACUGGCAUUUGCCUUAUACGCAGUCUAUACUAUUUUUAUAUGGUGGAACACUCUUGUGUAAAGUUUCUCUUUCGUAUCAAUGCUAUGAAAAAUGCUUUUCUGUUGAUAGCGUA